CUGUGCUCGACGCCUGGAGGUCGUGUUGCUGCGGUGUUGUGUAUAGGUUAUAUACAAUCAGUUCUCCCCUUAUACAUUAAUUAUUUCUGUUAAUUUUUCGCCAUCACGUUCAGUAUUCAGCCAUGGACAUCAAUUCUAACUCCGGCUUUCCGCCACAAUCAUAUUCCACAGCAUUCAACCUCAGGAAUGAAAUAAAACAGUACCUCAUGUCCAAGGGGCUGUCAAAACUGAAGAAUGGUGUCUUGAAAGUGAACUCCAGCAGCAAUAAGGGAGCCGCCAGCAAAGACAGCUGGAGGUCUGGUUGUUGUGUAACUGGGAAGCGACAGUGUAGGAAGCAACAUGAGGACAGCUCCCUUCUUAAAUUUUUAGCUCUUAAUGCUUUGGAGCUCUCAGCACCAGCUAGUGAUGCCCUCCUUCGCUCGCAGCAAAUGCAGGGUUCUAACCAGGCCUGGUUCCAGCUGAGUGGUCAUCCUGAUGCCUUCGCCCCUGCUGGACCUGGUACCAUUUGGAAGAAAUGCUCUGGUGGUGAUGAGAAAGCAGUUUAUGAAGCACUUGCUGGGGAGCCGGAGUUGAGAGGUAUCACUCCAGCGUAUCUGCGUCAUGUCAAUUAUGGUUCUCAGUCAUUCAUAGAACUACAAGACCUGUUGUUCGGGUUCAGGGAUCCCCAUGUCAUGGAUGUCAAGUUAGGAACUAGAACAUUUUUGGAAUCUGAAGUGGAGAAUACUGUAGCGAGGCACGACCUUUACCUCAAAAUGGUUGGAGUUGAUCCAGAUGCACCAACUGAAGAAGAACACAACUCGCAAGCUGUGACCAAAAUGAGAUAUAUGCAAUUUAGGGAGCAGCAGUCUUCGACAUGUAGCCUAGGCUUCAGAAUAGAGGCUAUGAAGUUCAGGGGUUCACCUCCUGUGACAGAUCUGAAGAGGGUCAAGUCAGACGAGGAAGUGAUAGACACGAUGUCACUAUUCUUGGGCGGCCGAGGCGAUGUUAGGCAGCGGCUGCUAGCCAGGCUGGCAGAAAUUAAGAAUGUUCUUGAUCAAUCUGUUUACUUCAAAAAGCAUGAGGUUGUGGGGAGUAGUAUACUGAUUCUGUACGACGACACCAAGGUAGGAGCUUGGCUAAUAGACUUUGCCAAAACAAGAGAAGUCCCUGAGGACAUCACUUUGAAUCACAGGGUUCAAUGGGAGCCUGGCAACCACGAGGAAGGCUUCCUGUUCGGCUUAGACAACCUUAUCAAGGUACUUGGAAAGGUGCCAUCCAAAAGCAGCCCGCCCAACGUCACUCCUACUAAACCUCUGGCACUCAAGUCAUGACUGCCAGAUACUGAGGCUCUUCUCUUGCAGGUUAGUUGAGCCAUAAACAUGAAAGAAAAUGGGUCCCGUUUUCCGUGGAUAGAGAGGAGAGUUUGAGUGCCACCCGCCAGUAUUAGUUCUAUGGACUGACGAGCUAUAAGUGAUAAAUUAAAUAGUGACUUGCGAGUGUGCUAUUUUUGCUUAAAUUGGAAUAGACCAUUGUACUUAUAUAUAUUUUAUACAUAUGAAUUUAGAGAAUAUUUACAACUAUCUGCUAAAUUUUGUAUUUAUAUUUUUAAAUUAUUUUAGUGCUUUUACGUGCCUUUUUUUUAACAAGAAGGAGAAAAACAAAUUCUGUUGAUCUAAGUAAACUGUGUACUUAUUGUUUUGCUUAUAUAUUCUUUUACUUCUUUUUUUUUUUUGUUCUCAAGAUAAAUAUAUAUUUUGUAUUUUUUUAUAAUUGUAAUAUUUACCACAAGUACAAUGUAUUUUGUGUUAUAUAUAGAUCGUAAGAUGGCAGAAUUGAGCUUUUAACUUUUUUUUUACCUUUGCCUGCCACUGCCAUUGUGAAACCAAACCUAUUAAAUUGUGAUAUGAGGCUUUUUAAUGCCUUAUGUUUCGGAUAUAUAAUUCACUUAAAUACAGAUUUAUUUAUGCAUAUGUCUUUAAUUACUGUAUUCACCACCAAUUACAUCUUAUUAAA